UUUUAUCCAUGAACAUCAUCUUUAUUCUGUGGUUUUAUCAUAGUUUUAUCAAACAACUAACCCCAUCCCGUUUUAUCAUUUUCACAGAGAUAUUAAAUGAACUAGUUAACUAGUUUUAUCUGCGAUCAUUGAUUAUAUAUUCAUAUAUAAUCACAGAUAUAUCUUUGUAUAUAAUCAAUGGUUUUAAAUAUCUGUGGGUCAACGUCGCGAAUACUUUAUCUAUAGUAUAAUAUUGAUAUCUGUGGUUUAUCCACAGUAACUGUAGUGCUGUGGUGCAUUGUUAGUUUUCAACUGCGUGCGUCUUUAUUUGCGUUAUAGAUCUAUCACCAUCAUCAUCGUCAUUGAAGUACAAAUUUUGAUACUGAUAAAUCGAUAUCUGUUAAACAAAUAAAAUUAAAGAAGCAACCAUGAAGUGUUCAGACUGUGGAUCUUUGAACCUUGAUUCCAGUGAUGGACCUACAGUCUGCAUGGAUUGUGGAGGUGUUAUGGAUGAAUCACACAUUGUCUCCGAAGUUCAAUUUGAAGAAACCGAUCACGGAUCUCGUGCUGUUGGACAAUUUCUAUCUUCUGAUUCUCAAGCUGCUAAUUUUCAUAACUUUGGUAGUGCCUUUCAUCAUGGCAUGAAACAACCUUCUCGAGAAAUGACACAAGCUAAGGCACGACGUGGUAUUCAAGUGUUAAGCAAUAGCCUAAAUCUUAGUCCACAGACCUUGGAAAAUGCUUGUGUCUAUUAUAACAUGGCAUUAAAAAGACAUUUUACACGUGGCAGAAAAAAUGCUCUAAUAUAUGCAGCUUGUGUGUACAUAGCGUGUCGUAUGGAAGGUACUAUGCACAUGCUGUUAGAUGUAGCCGAUGCUAGUGAAGUUAAUGCAUUUGAAUUGGGAAAGACAUACCUAAGAAUGAUGCAAACACUAACUCUGACAGUGCCUAGCCUUGAUCCUAGUAUUUUUCUUAUGCGUUUUGUCAAUUCUUUAGAUUUUGGUGACAAAACUCAUAUUGUAUAUACUACAGCAAUGCGAUUAUUGCAGAGAAUGAUGAGAGACUCAAUUCAUACAGGUAGAAGACCUUCCAGUUUAUGUGGUGCAGCUCUGCUAAUUGCAGGACGUAUGCACGACUUCAACCGUACUACUGAUGACAUUAUUAAAGUUGUGCAUUGUCAUCACGCGACACUCAAGAAACGUUUGUUAGAGUUCAAAGACACCCCAUCUAGUAUGUUAUCAAUUGAACAAUUUAUGACUGUUGACUUGGAGGAAACUCAUGAUCCUCCUUCAUAUCGAAUAGCACGUGCUAAAGACAAGGAGCGCAUAGAUAAAUUCUUUGAAGCAAAUGAUAGUGAAAAAGUAAUUGAUGAAGUGAAAUCUGCAAUUGAAAAAGAAUUAAGUAAGAAAAAAAAUACCAAAGUAUUAGGAGUCAACUUGAUUGAUAUUGCUUCAGAGUCAUCAAAUCCUGAAGUCGGUACUAGGACUGUUAAGGAUGUCGGCCCUUCAUUAGAAAUUAUGGGUUUGUCUGAUAAUAAAAGAACAUAUGAAGAUGAUGAUGAAGAGGAAUCAUUAUGCCUUGUUGAAAUAGAUGAGGAUGAAAUAGACUCUUAUAUCCUAUCUAAAGAAAGUCAUCAGAUCAAAAGAGAUAUGUGGAUGAAAAUGCAUGGUACUGCUUUCAGAAAGUUGCAGAUAAGCCGAGAAGAAAGAGCCAAGAACCCAAAAGUGAUUAGGGCUAAAGAAAAAAAAGCUAAAGAUUCAUUACGGACUCCUGCUAAGACUGCAGCUGAAGCUGUAGAACGAGUCUUGAAAAAGAAAAAAUUGUCGUCAAAAAUUAACUAUGACAUACUUGACAAUCUGGAUAGUUUUGUCAAUUCUGAUUCCUCUUCCAUGCCUGGACUAGUAUAAUUUACAAAUACAUUUUUUCAGUCAAUUGAACAAAGUCUGUAAAAUAUUGUAUUGUAUUGU